AGGUUAGAGACACCUUGCAGGCUCUACAGGGACACAUGCAGCGUUAGCAGCACUGUCAGACCUGGUGUAGCAUCAGUAGAACAGGCUCGGUGGUGAUAUGAGCGGAGAUGGAGGCAGGUGGGCUGCGCUACCAGACCCUCCCGACCCGCUGUCCCAAGUGUGGGAAAUGUGGACGGGCCUAUUCUACUGUACGGAUCUCCACGGCAGAGAUGGCAUCCUACUACCACUUCCUGGGAGUUUGUCAGGAGACUGAGUCAGGCACAACAAGAAAUGAGAUCAUGCAGCAGGAGAUCAGGCCCCUGCUGGCUGUCGACAUCAUAGAGCAGCUUCAUCGCCAGUUUGCCUUGCUCUCAGGAGGGCGAGGGAAAGAUGGCGCCCCCAUUAUCACCUUCCCAGAGUACUCAGGCUUCAGCGAAGUGCCAGAGGAAGAUUUUCUCAACGUCGUCACCUACCUGACCAGUAUCCCCAGCCUGGACGCUGCCAGUAUUGGCUUUAUCAUCAUCAUUGACAGACGGAAGGACAAAUGGAGCUCAGUGAAGGCCUCUCUCUCCAGGAUCGCUGGGGCAUUUCCAGGAAACCUGCAGCUGGUGUUAGUGCUGAGGCCAUCCAGGUUCUUCCAGAGGGCCAUAGCAGACCUGGGGAUCAAACUGCACAGAGAUGACUUUAAAAUGAAGGUACCGAUUGUGAUGCUGAACUCUCUGGCUGACCUGCACAGCUACGUGGAUAAAGGUCAGCUGACCCGAGAACUGGGAGGAAAUCUGGAGUACUGUCACAGCCAGUGGAUCCACCACAGAACCGCCAUAGAGAACUUCGCCAUGACGGUGAAAACUACGGCCCAGAUGUUGCAGAAGUUUGGGACAGAUCUGGCUGAGACGGAGCUGCCCAAUGACGUCCAGUGCACCAAAGACCUGCUCGUCGCUCACACCGACAAACACAACAACCUCAAGGAUGAGCUGAAGCUGGCCCUGAAGCAAGGCACCACCUUGCUCGGUUGUAUCAAAGAACAGGCAGCAAAAUCUGAGUGCCAUAAACUGAACCCUGAUGAGAUGGAGAACCAAACCACAGUGGAGAGGCUCCUGGCUCAGCUGGAUGAGACUGAAAAUGCCUUUGAACAGUUCUGGUGUAAACACCAUCUGAAACUGGAGCAGUGCCUGCAGCUACGCCACUUUGAACAGGACUUCAGAGAGGUCAAAGUGUCUCUGGACAGUCUGAUGGACAGUCUAACCAGCCUAUCAGAUACCGGGGAUUGUGUGGCCAGAGUCGAACAACUGCUAAAAGAACUGAAAACACUGGAAGAGAAGGCUCAGGCCUCACUAGAAAAGGCUCAGCUCCACGCACUGCAUGGGGAUCAGCUGAUCCAGAGCAACCACUACGCUGUGGACUCCAUUCGACCCAAGUGUGUGGAGCUCAGGAGGGUCUGUGACGACUUCAGCAACGAGGCCAAGAAAAAGAAGGAUGUCCAGUCCAAGUCCCUGCAGAUACACAUGGGCAUUGAUAAGGUGAACCAGUGGUGUGAGUCUGGCAUCUACCUUCUGGCCUCUCAGGCUGUGGAUAAGUGUCAGUCCCAGGAAGGGGCCGAGUCAGCACUAACUGACAUCGAACACUUUCUCGAAUCAGCGGAAAAGAACCAACUGACUGAGCUGAGGAACCUUCAUAAUCAGUAUGAGGUUGUCCUGUCAGAGGACAUCAAGACUAGUGUCCUGAAGGCCCUGAAGCGACUGGAGGAUGUUCAGGAGAUGUUUGAGAAGCGCCACGUCAGUCUGAAGAGGCUGUCAGCCAAACAGACCAGACCCGUCCAACCAGUCGCCCCGCGGCCCGAGUCCUCUCCCAAACGCCCCUCACUGAAGAACCCUUCCAGAACCACAGGGGGCCAGCAGCCUCUUGCACGCAGAGCUUCAGAUAACUCCAACACUGGCAAGCAGACAGCUGAAGCUGAUCCCAACAAGAAGAAGAACAUACGCAAGGCCAAAGGAGGCAUCAAGAUUGAGGUGAUGCAUGAGGGGAGCCAGGGAGGGUCCACACAUGUCGUCCUGACCAAUGAGACAGAGGAGAGUCUGUCCAACAGGCGCAGACACAUCAUGACAGAGCUGAUUGAAACAGAGCGGCUGUAUGUGGAGGAACUGCAAAGCAUCAUGGAGGGCUACUUUGCAGAGCUGGAUAACUCAGAGCUCAGCCACCUCAUCCCUCCUUCCCUGGAGAAUAAAAGAGAUGUACUGUUCGGGAACCUGCCUGAGAUAUAUGAAUUCCACAACAGGACAUUUCUGAGGGAGUUGGAGAACUGUGCUGAGAAACCAGAGCUGGUGGGAACCUGUUUUCUCAAAAGGAAAGAGGAGCUGCAGGUGUAUGAGAAGUACUGUCAGAAUAAGCCUCGCUCUGAGGUGCUGUGGAGACAGUGUGGAGACAGCCUGUUCUUUCAGGAAUGCCAGAAGAAGCUGGACCACAAGCUGUCUCUGGACGCCUACCUGCUGAAACCGGUCCAGAGAAUCACCAAAUACCAGCUCAUGCUCAAGGAGAUGUUGAAGUGCAAUAAAGGAGAGGGGACGGCGGAGCUGGAGGAGGCUUUGGCCACCAUGCUGGACAUCAUCAAGUCUGUCAAUGACUCCAUGCACCAGAUCGCCAUCACCGGCUUCGAGGGAAACCUGAGUGAGCUGGGGAAGCUGCUGAUGCAGGGAUCUUUCAACGUUUGGACGGACCACAAGAAAGGCCACAGCAAGGUGAAGGAUCUGGCCAGGUUUAAGCCGAUGCAGAGGCACCUGUUCCUGUACGACAAGAUGCUGCUGUUCUGUAAGAAACGUGAGGAGACCACAGACGGACACGAGAAGACGCCAUCCUACAGCUUCAAACACUCCCUGAAGAUGAGCGCUGUGGGCAUCACAGAGAACGUCAAAGGAGACAGCAAGAAGUUUGAGGUGUGGUACAACGGCAGAGAGGAGGUCUACAUCAUCCAGGCUCCUUCCAUGGAUGUGAAAAAUAUGUGGGUGUCAGAGAUCCGUAAAGUUCUUACAGGCCAGCUAGAGGCAUGCAGAGAGGCCAGCCAGCUUCACCAGAAGUUCUCUGAUAACAUCUAUGGAGCUCCAAUAAGGAAUAUGCGAAAGAUGGCCCUGAGACAGUCUGAUUCAUCGAGUCCAGAGACCGGCUUCAGAAGAACCAACCCCAGCCCCAACAUGAGACAGAAGAGAGCUGAUGCUUCAGUCAGCCAAUCAACCCACUCGGCUGCUAAUGCUAGGAAACGCUUCACCUUACAGGGCCUUUCCAACAGGAGAUCUCUUCCUGCAGAACCUGCUGCUAAGGAGGCAGAGGUCCCCCGCCGCUUCUCUCUCACCUCCUCUCUCGCCUCCUCCUCUUCCUCUACCUUCGCCGCACGACGCACAAAAGGUCCUCUCUCUUCUAGCAUAAAGAGCAAGAGACAUGAGAUAAAGAGCGAUCCCACUCCAUUCGGUUAUGAAGAUACUUUACGUGGUGCUAUGGCUGCAGUCGGGAAACGUCAGAGCAUGAUUAGCAGUACUGGUAGUGCUGCUGGUGGCACCUCAGCCGUCCCUAGAUCCACCUCCCAACCAGGUUGGACCCAGCGGCGCCUCCCUUCUAUGGACACAGAGGACUUUGAGACAAUCCCAUCCAGCGGUGAAGAAUCCUCCAACUCUUCAGAAGAGGAGGGCAGUAAUAAGAAUGGUGACAGCAGUCGAUUCCGGGUGCAGCUGACCUAUGAGUCUCGGGAAGCCCGGGACCUGUCUCUAGAGACGGGAGACCUGGUCCAGUUUCUAGAAGAGGCAGAGAAUGGACACUGGCUAGUCAAGAACCUUUUAACAGAGGAAACAGGGCUGGUCCCGUCCAGUAUACUGCAAACAGCGUCUGAAGGAGAUAUCUUCAGUGACCUGUGUACGGCAGCGCUUUCCGAUUCGGAUGGGAAUGAAGCUAGUACCUGGGGAGACGUGUCCGAGGACAGCUGAUAAACACAGGAGACUUUUGUAGUUUUUCCAUUGUAGUUCAUUAUAUUGGACUACAUACAUUUUCUAUCCCUUGCUGGCUCACAGACAUGACUUGCGACAGAGAUGUUCCGAUUUUUAGUCACUUGGCUGGAUUUUAAACCCCAAUAAUUCUUCAUUUUCUACUUGCAGUUCUUCACAUUAGACUACAAAUAUGUCACGUUUGACUCUCUGAAACAUGGAAUCUUCAACUUUCUGGAGAAACGCUGGAAAUUGAACUCAAAUUUGGGAAAGCCAUAAGUACCAAAUGAACAUUGCAUGGAUAUCGGAUGGAAGAUGAUUUCAGAUUACAUACUUAGAAUGCUCUCUCUUAAUACCUGGGCUGGAUAACUUCAAAAAGAAAAAGAAAAAAACUUGACUCGUCUUCUCUGACUUGGACGACCUUAGGGAAAAGUGCUAAAUUCCUCAUGCUGGUUGCGAAAAGGCCUUGGUGAGGUGCCCUCUGUUGCUGCUACACUGCACUGAAGCAGAACUCUCGGAGAGCAGUUUGUGCCUCUGCUGCCUCGCUUCGGCUGUUUCGGCUUUUCAGGUUUAAACUCCAGAUGCUCGUCGAGUAGCUGCAGUCUCCGAACGUACCAAACAGUCCUGCUUGGUGUUUUUCAGCCCCUGCUACAACAUCUGCAUCAUGUCAUUAUGUUAUAUUGGAUAUAUCUGAGUGUGCCUGCUCACUUGUGACCUGUGUGAAUUACUCUGAGAAGUUGAGAGACAUCCCUGGUUCAUAUAUAAAUCUGUUUGUGGUGGAUUUGAACCUAAUUCUAGCUAGCUUUUAGCUUAGUCUGGUAUUGGACAGAUUUAUGAUGAAUUAAUGUAAUCUUUAACAUGAAAUUUUUCCUGUAUCAUCUAGAAACAAGGUUGAUAAACCUUUGUUCAGACUACAAGUAAAUUAGGUUUCUUUCUCAAUUCAGAUCUUUAAGAUGAAGAGUGUGGAUAGCCUGCUCCCUAAACUGCAUGAGUUGCCCUGGUAACAACAUAUAGGCAUCUGCAACUCCAUAGUUAUUCUGGUCAUGUAGCGUCACAGCCUUACAUUCCUUCUAGUUCUACCUAUACAGAAGCCUCCUCCCACAGUGAAAGCAGACAGUUUAUUUUGGCAUCUGUCCACAGGCCGUUGUCGUCCAUAGCACUUUGGUCAUUGAUUCAUGGAUUCGGCACAGCACCUACAUCGCUCCGGAGGUGAUGUUUUGUUGCAGACACUUAAAAAUCCAAUUUGAGUAGUCAGAGUUUCCAAACAGAAGUGCAUCGAUAGAAAUCCAACGGGGAUCGCAGGUCAAACCACCUCUAAAUGGUGUUUGGAUCUGAUUUGCAGUGUUUUUUUGUUUAGUUUUUUAUGUUGCUCAGAUUUUCCAAAUCAAUCCAAAUAUGUCUUAAAGCUGGUAGUCUGAACAGGCCUAAGAGCACUGAGAUUCCAUAUAAACAUUUUCAAGCAAGAAAAACAAACCAGAGAGAUAAAACAAGCUACAAAGAACUAAGGAAACGAGCUGGAUCGUAGAGCCCUCUUCCACAUUAUGAAGGCAUUUCUGACACAUUGUUGUGUAAAAUAUUCUAGUUCCACUUUAAACUGCUCCUACGUUAGUGACGCAACAUUUGUGGAAAUUCUAAAAGACCUUCUUUCUUUAGCUAAUGACUGCUAAAUUACCUUCCGGCAGAAAAUCCACGUUAAAGGGAAAUAAAUCAAUCAUAAUGUGUUUUCCAGAUCACUCUUUAUACAUGCACAGUGUGGCACACAGAGGCAGCCAAAAGGCUUUUGAUGGAAAUUAAGCAUUACCACGGCACAUCUCUUGUUUGGAUGAAUGGGGCCGGUGGUGAUGUAAAUCAUAUUUCACGAUGCAGAUUUGUCUCUGUGACAUGUUAUGCCACUUGAAUUCAUCUCUAUAUAAUGAGAUUGUCAGUAGUGAGCUUUUUGAGAACAUUUCACACUUUGAUUUGCUGCAUGCCAGCUACUAUCUAUAGGCAAGAGAUAUUCAAGAGCAUGCAAACACUUUAAUGUACAAACAACACAAAUAAGAUGCUAUCCACAUUGCCAAAUACGAGUCUGCGUGGAUGAAGAAUGUAUAGAUCUUAUCCCAUGUUGAGUAAACUCAUUUUCCACAGAUUCUAUUCAGAAAAUCGUGUUCAUUGAUGCACUAAGAUCAGUUCUGUCCUUUUGAUUUAUCUCCUCACCCAUACUUUGGAUAGCAGCGUUCAAACACAUACUCGUCUGAGACCAGAUUGAUUGUACCCUCACUCUAGAAAUUGUGUGCAGUUUUUCUGAACCCAAGUAAUAGUUCAGGUCUGCAGCAGCAUUAUAUGAAUUAUGACAGUAUUGAAGUCCAUGCCAAAAGCCCUUACACCAAUAUUUUUGUUAUGCACAUAUUAGCAUUUGUUAGCAAUUGCUUGUGAGUGUCGCCAGCAUAAAACAAGACCCUACUCAUGUCUUUUUUAUUCUAGAGGAAACUACAGUAUGUUGUGGGAAAAGUCAGGGAACUGUUCAACUGUUUGCUGCAAGUGAUUUUUCAGGGAAAUGCUCUUUUAGCGGGCAGCACCUAGGCUGUUUCCUAUCAUCAGCUGUAUACAUUUCACCUUUUCAGAGAGGAAAAUAGCUCAUCUGUAAAUGAGCACUGUACACCGAACAGCCCAUUGGAACAUUCAUUCAUGGACGGGGCUGAGAGGACAUUUCGGCAAAUGUAAAUAACCAUCAGUGUUAUUCGAAUAUUGCAUACUUUUAUGUGUAACUCAGUGAAAAGAUCCAUUUUCUGUAUGACUGCUGUAUUGUUGUACACGUUUUCUCCAUCAGUGGCAUUGUAUUGCAUUUCUACUGACAGAAGGAUUUGGACUGUUCGCUGAGCAAUCCACCCUUAAAGAUGGAUGCCACAUCACGUCAAAAGAGACAGACCAAAUGUUUAAUGUUUGUAACCUUUUAAUGCAUUAGAUGACAGAUACAUUUGACUGACAUUUUGUCAGGAACUUAUUACAAAGUCACAUAUGAAAUGAAUUGAUAUCAAAAGGCUGAAUAUUCACUUCAUGUCAACGGAACAUGUCAGAAUAUUUGACAUAUUUGAUUGAGCUGGUAACUCCUGAAGUAGGAUGGAUGGAUGGAUGGAUGGAUGGAUGGAUGGAUGGAUGGAUGGAUGGAUGGAUGGAAUGUUAAAAUGAUUUGUUGACCUAACUUGCUUUUGGUGAAGUUAUAUCAGUUAAAAUGUCAGCUUAUGGCUCAUUGACAUCUUACAGUAAUGUUACUUGGUCAAAAGUCAUCUUGAAUGAGCUAAGUAGUGUUAGCAAAUAAUUUUUUACAGUAUACAUGGAUCUGUUACUUGGUGAAUGAUUGUCUAUGAAGCCUGAAUACUGGGAAAAAGUAGUAAAACCUUAUCAAACAAGUACAGAAUAUAACUGACUUUCUACAUUUCUUAUACUAUUUGUUAAAUAAUUAAUGUGCUAAUAUGAAGCCACUUAUAUUAGCUAUAAAUCUAUAAAUAUGUUACUGGCUUUAAAUUUAUUGGUCAAAAAUGUAGCACUUUUGCAUUUUUUCUGCACUUCAAUUAUUUAACUAAUAGUACUGUUCCAACAUGACUUGUCUGAGAACCUUUCACUGCCUUUUGUGUAUUUGUGCUUCCGAUGAAUGGAUGAUAAAUGAAAAGUAAAUAGAUGGAUUUACAGCUAUUUUGACACUGUAACUUGGGAACCACCUGUAAAGGCUUAAGCUCAUAUACAUAGGCUACAUACAUACAUACUGUAAUAAUUCAUCCUUCUGGAAGGAAUUACUCUCAUUUUGAACAUACUGUAUAUUUUGUGUAUCUUACCUGAAUUGAGAAAUAUUGUAACUUUGUAAAGAAAAUAUUUCUAUUGUACUGCUCCUGCUGCAAUGUAAUUGCCAUUUAACCAUAUAUAGAAUGUAUCAAGUCUGUAUAAAGUUCAACCUGUCAUUGUAAUGUACAUAUUGCUUCAUUGUGAUAAUAUACAAUUACAAUAUAAACCUUGA